CGUUCCAUCUCAUUUCGCCUCAGAUGUAGGUGUCUUCCUAAUUAAGCAACUAAUCACUAAUGAUAUCUUUCCAUACUUUUUCACCCUCAGCUGACUUCUCUCAAGUAUUUGUGUUUUCAUCACCUUCGUCCAUUACUACGAUUCAGAAGAUUUAUAUGAACAGGUUUACGAAUCUGGACUGGGUCCCAUAGUGGAGUUUCGGUUGGGCCGGGUCGAAUAGUACGCCAGUUACACUGAAAACGGGUUGAAUCGUGGACUAGUUUGGUUAUGGCAGGUCAAAUGGGUUCAGUCAGACAAGGUCGGAUUGUGGGCCAACUGAAAACCGCCGGUGUUUCGGUCGGCGACCGAAAUGAAAAAGAAGAAGAAAUGUCGGUGCAAGAUUACUUGGAUAACCACCUGCUCUCUCGGAAAAUCGAAGACGCCGUCAAUGCCGCCGUUAAGGCUAAGGCCUCCGAUCCCGUCCUCUUCAUCUCGAAUCAUAUGAAGAAAGCGUUUCCUUCAGUGAUAACGAAGGUCAAAGCUCGACAGAUCCUCGAUAGCAGAGGAAUUCCUACCGUUGAAGUCGACCUCCACACUAACAAAGGAAUGUUUCGUGCUUCGGCUCCUAGCUCUGAUGCUUCUGGAAUGUACGAGGCUACUGAACUGCGAGAUGGGAACAAGGGAUUAUAUCUUGGAAAUAGUGUGAGUAAAGCUGUUAAGAAUGUCAAUGAGAAAAUAUCUGAAGCAUUGGUGGGUAUGGAUCCUACACUUCAGACUCAGAUUGAUAAGGCAAUGAUGGACCUCGAUAAAACAGAAAAGAAGAGCGAACUUGGAGUAAAUGCCAUAUUGGCUGUGUCAAUUGCUGCUUGCAAAGCUGGAGCUGCUCAAAAGGAGGUUCCACUGUACAAACAUAUUGCUGGCCUUUCUGGAAACGGCCACCUGACCUUGCCUGUCCCUGCUUUUACUGUUAUUAGUGGAGGAAAGCGUGCUGGGAAUAAUCUGGCCAUUCAGGAAAUUAUGAUUCUCCCAAUUGGAGCUAGCAAGUUUGAGGAGGCAUUGCAAAUGGGAUCUGAAACCUAUCAUCACCUGAAGGCUGUUAUUACAGAAAAAUAUGGUGCACAUGGAUGUAAUGUUGGUGAAGAUGGUGGUUUUGCUCCCAACAUCUUGAGCAUUAAAGAAGUCUUGGAUCUUGUAAAAGAGGCGAUAAGUAGAACGGAUUAUAAUGACCAAAUCAAACUAGCAAUUGAUGUUGCUGCUACUGACUUUUGCAUAGGUACAAAGUACGACCUGGAUUACAAAUCAGUGGAUAAGGGGCAAAAUUUCAAGUCGGCUGAUGAUAUGAUUGAGAUGUAUAAAGAACUUUGUAGUGAGUACCCAAUUGUGUCAGUUGAAGAUCCGUUUGAUAAAAAGGACUGGGAACACACUAAACGCUUUUCUAGUCUUGGAAUUUGUCAGGUAGUUGGAGAUGACUUGAUAACAUCAAAUCCAAAGCGUAUUAAGAGAGCUAUAGAGGAGUCCACCUGCAAUGCUCUACUCGUAAAGAUAAACCAGAUUGGAACAGUGACCGAGACCAUUGAAGUGAUGAAGCUGGCAGAGGAUGCCCACUGGGGAGUGGUCAUGGCUCAUAGAUGUGGUGAAACUGAAGAUUCCUUCAUAGCCGACUUAGCUGUUGGUCUCUCAACUGGUCAGAUCAAAGCUGGUGCUCCUUGCAGAGGCGAACGGCUGGCCAAGUAUAACCAGUUGCUUCGAAUUGAGGAAGAACUUGGGGACAAUGCAUUUUAUGCUGGUGAAGAGUGGAGAAAAAUCACCCUGAUCAUUUUUUCUCAGGUUUCCUCCUCACAAUUCUCUUCUCCUUAUAUUCUUCAUCUAAAGUCCAGGGCUUAUACUUUCAACGUCACAAAAUAUUCAGCAACAUGGUCCACCGGUCACCGAUCGUUCUUCUGCUUCAUUAUUUUGUUAUCAGAGUGUUUUCUCCUUUUGUUUUCUCUAUGA